CGCUGCAGGGAGCCGGUGGGUCCGGCUGGUGGACGGGGCCGGGCACUGUGCCGGGAGAGUGGAGAUCUACUACCAGGGGCGCUGGGGCACCGUCUGCGAUGACGCCUGGGACUUGGCGGACGCCGCCGUCGUUUGCCGCCAGCUGGGCUGCGGAGGGGCCCUGGAGGCAGCCGGCUCUGCUCGGUUUGGGGAGGGCUCCGGGCAGAUCUGGCUGGAUGGCGUCAACUGCUCCGGGACCGAAGCUGCUCUCUGGGACUGCCCUGCCGAGGCCUGGGGGCAGCACAACUGCGGGCACAAGGAGGACGCAGGAGUCGUCUGUUCAGAGUUCAUGGCCUUGAGGCUGGAGAACAGCGACGGCUGCUCCGGGCGCCUGCAGGUUUUCUACAACGGGACGUGGGGCAGCGUUUGCUCCAACUCCAUGACCACCGAGACGGUGUCACUGGUGUGCAAGGAGCUGGGCUGCGGGAAUGAAGGGGAACUGGAAACAGAUUCUAACUCUGCCAAGCUGUCUGGCAUCACGUGGCUCGAUCACGUGGAGUGUGGGAAGAGCAGCAGCUCCUUCUGGCAGUGUCCCUCUCAUCCCUGGCAUCUGCAGUCAUGUGAUGACCUCCGAGAAGAGACCCACAUAACCUGCAAUGGGACUGCAGAGGUGAGGCUGGCGGAUGGCGGCAGGCGCUGUGCUGGAAGAGUGGAGGUGAAACACCAGGGUCAGUGGGGGACCGUGUGCAGUGACCAAUGGGACAUGACCGAUGCUGCAGUGGUUUGUAGGCAGCUGGGCUGUGGGGUUGCUCUCGAAGCUCCUCAGAAGGCACACUUUGGACCAGGAUCUGGUUCCAUUUGGAUGGAUGAUGUUCAGUGUAAUGGCAAUGAGUCUGCCCUGUCUGACUGCACACACAAUGGCUGGGGUCAAACAGACUGCGAUCACAGCUGGGAUGCUGGAGUGACAUGCUCAGGAUUUGUCCAGCUGGUCGGAGGGGAAAGCCCUUGCUCAGGAAGUCUGGAGGUCUACGACAGGGACCAGUGGAAAGCUGUCUGUCACUCUCACUUUGAUGACAAAGCUGCCGAGGUGGUGUGCAGGGAGCUGCAGUGUGGCACAGCCCUGUCUGUCCAUGGGGCAGCUCAGCUGGGAGAAGGGGCCGGUCCUUUCUGGGACAGAGAGCUGCAGUGUGUGGGGAAUGAAUCCACCAUCCUCUUCUGCCCCUGGGGGACCUCCAAGGACAAGGCCUGCACCCACAGCAAUGGCACUCAUGUCACCUGCACACAGUACACAGGGUUCAGGCUGGUGAAUGGCAGCACAGCGUGUGAGGGCAGGGUGGAGGUCGAGGUGCUGGGAACGUGGGGGACCCUCUGUGCCUCCCGCUGGGACCUCUCGGAUGCCCACGUUCUGUGUCGGCACCUCGGCUGUGGCUUUGCUGAGUCCAUUCCUGGAGGAGGGCAUUUUGGGAGAGGAACCGGCCCCGUCUGGAGAGACUCGUUCCACUGUGACGGGACUGAAGCCCACCUGGGGCAGUGCCCGGUGACUGCCCUGGGGGCCUCGCCGUGCUCCCAGGAGAACGCUGCUGCUGUCAUUUGCUCAGGCCUAACUCACCCCAUGCCCCUGCGGUUGGUGGGUGGAGAGAGCCGGUGCGACGGGCGCGUGGAGGUCUUCCAGCACGGGACGUGGGGCAGAGUCCUGGAUGAGCAGUGGGACAUGCAGGAGGCCAGCGUGGUGUGCUGGCAGCUGCAGUGCGGAGAGGCAGAGGCAGCCUACACCCCCGUGAGGGCCGAGCGAGGACGAGGACCUGUGGGGCUGCGUGGGGUGCAGUGUGCAGGGCACGAGGCUGACCUGAGCCUCUGCAACACCUCCCUGCCUCAGAGCAUGCCAACAGAAGGGAUCAUGGAGGACGUGGGGGUCGUGUGCCAGGGGAGCCGGCGGGUGCGGCUGGUGGACGGGGCCGGGCGCUGUGCCGGGAGAGUGGAGAUCUACUACCAGGGGCGCUGGGGCACCGUCUGUGACGACUCCUGGGACCUGGUCGACGCCGCCGUCGUUUGCCGCCAGCUGGGCUGCGGAGGGGCCCUGGAGGCAGCCGGCUCUGCUCGGUUUGGGGAGGGCUCCGGGCAGAUCUGGCUGGAUGGCGUCAACUGCUCUGGGGCUGAAGCUGCUCUCUGGGACUGCCCUGCCAAGGCCUGGGGGCAGCACGACUGCAGGCACAAGGAGGACGUGGGAGUCGUCUGCUCAGAGUUCAUGGCCCUGAGGCUGGAGAACAGCGACGGCUGCUCCGGGCGCCUGCAGGUUUUCUACAACGGGACGUGGGGCAGCGUUUGCUCCAACUCCAUGACCACCGAGACGGUGUCACUGGUGUGCAAGGAGCUGGGCUGCGCGAAUGAAGGGGACUGGGAAAUAAUCUUGAACUCUGCCACGCUGUCUGGCAUCAUGUGGCUGGAUCACGUGGAGUGUGGGAAGAGCAACAGCUCCUUCUGGCAGUGUCCCUCUGAUCCCUGGCAUCCACAGUCGUGUGAUGACGUCCGAGAAGAGACCCACAUCACCUGCAAUGGGACUGCAGAGGUGAGGCUGGCGGAUGGCGGUAAGCACUGUGCUGGAAGAGUGGAGGUGAAACACCAGGGUCAGUGGGGGACCGUGUGCAGUGACCAAUGGGACAUGUCUGAUGCUGCAGUGGUUUGUAGGCAGCUGGGCUGUGGGGUUGCUCUCAAAGCUCCUCUGUAUGCACACUUUGGACCAGGAUCUGGUUCCAUUUGGAUGGAUGAUGUUCAGUGUAAUGGCAAUGAGUCUGCCCUGUCUGACUGCACACACAAUGGCUGGGGUCAAACAGGCUGCGAUCACAGCUUGGAUGCUGGAGUGACAUGCUCAGCACCCACUGAGAACUUCUGGGCUGACCGUGGAGCUCUGAAUCUUGCCACUUUACGGAUGAGGUGGGAGGUGGGCACGGAAGUGCCAGAGGGCUCUGGGAACUCACAGGUCUCCUUGGUUGCUCCAGGAUUUGUGCAGCUGGUCGGAGGGGAAAGCCCUUGCUCAGGAAGUCUGGAGGUCUACGACAGGGACCAGUGGAAAGCUGUCUGUCACUCUCACUUUGAUGACAAAGCUGCCGAGGUGGUGUGCAGGGAGCUGCAGUGUGGCACAGCCCUGUCUGUCCAUGGGGCAGCUCAGCUGGGAGAAGGGGCCGGUCCUUUCUGGGACAGAGAGCUGCAGUGUGUGGGGAAUGAAUCCACCAUCCUCUUCUGCCCCUGGGGGACCUCCAAGGACAAGGCCUGCACCCACAGCAAUGGCACUCAUGUCACCUGCACACGAUUCAGGCUGGUGAAUGGCAGCACAGCGUGUGAGGGCAGGGUGGAGGUGGAAGUGCUGGGGACGUGGGGGACCCUCUGUGCCUCCCGCUGGGACCUCUCGGACGCCCACGUUCUGUGUCGGCACCUCGGCUGUGGCUUUGCUGAGUCCAUUCCUGGAGGAGGGCAUUUUGGGAGAGGAACCGGCCCCAUCUGGAGAGACUCGUUCCACUGUGACGGGACUGAAGCCCACCUGGGGCAGUGCCCGGUGACUGCCCUGGGGGCCUCGCCGUGCUCCCAGGAGAACGCUGCUGCUGUCAUUUGCUCAGGCCCAGCUCACCACAUGUCUGUACGGUUGGUGGGUGGAGAGAGCCGGUGCGACGGGCACGUGGAAGUCUUCCAGCACGGGACGUGGGGCAGAGUCCUGGAUGAGCAGUGGGACAUGCAGGAGGCCAGCGUGGUGUGCCGGCAGCUGCAGUGCGGAGAGGCAGAGGCAGCCUACACCCCCGUGAGGGCCGAGCGAGGACGAGGACCUGUGGGGCUGCGUGGGGUGCGGUGUUCAGGGCAGGAGGCUGACCUGAGCCUCUGCAACACCUCCCUGCCUCAGAGCAUGUCAGCAGCAGAGAUCAUGGAGGACGUGGGUGUCGUGUGCCGGGGGAGCCGGCGGGUGCGGCUGGUGGACGGGGCCGGGCGCUGUGCCGGGAGAGUGGAGAUCUACUACCAGGGGCGCUGGGGCACCGUCUGCGACGACGCCUGGGACCUGGCUGACGCCGCCGUCGUUUGCCACCAGCUGGGCUGCGGAGGGGCCCUGGAGGCAGCCGGCUCUGCUCGGUUUGGGGAGGGCUCCGGGCAGAUCUGGCUGGAUGGCGUCAACUGCUCCGGGGCUGAAGCUGCUCUCUGGGACUGCCCUGCCAAGGCCUGGGGGCAGCACGACUGCAGGCACAAGGAGGAUGCGGGAGUCGUCUGUUCAGAGUUCAUGGCCCUGAGGCUGGAGAACAGCGACGGCUGCUCCGGGCGCUUGCAGGUUUUCUACAACGGGACGUGGGGCAGCGUUUGCUCCAACUCCAUGACCACCGAGACAGUGUCACUGGUGUGCAAGGAGCUUGGUUGCGGGAAUGAGGGGGAACUGGAAACAGAUUCUAACUAUGCCAAGCUGUCUGGCAAGGCGUGGCUGGAUUACGUGGAGUGUGGGAAGAGCAACAGCUCCUUCUGGCAGUGUCCCUCUGCUCCCUGGCAUCCACAGUCGUGUGAUGACCGUCGUGAAGAAACCCAUAUCACCUGCAAUGAACGGCCGCAGGUGGCUGCAUGCCCCAACUCCACCAGCUGCACAGACAGGGAGAAGAUCCGCACCGUGGGAGGCAAGGACGGCUGCUCGGGCAGAGUGGAGAUCUGGCACCGUGGCACCUGGGGGACGCUGUGUGACAAUGCCUGGGACAUGCGGGAUGCCGAGGUGGCGUGCAGGCAGCUGGGCUGUGGCCCCGCGCUCUAUGCCCUGGGCCAGGCUGCUGCUGGAGAGGGGACGGGCCCCAUGUGGCUGAUGGAGUGCAGGGGGACGGAGCUGUCUCUGCAGGACUGCUGGGCCCAGCCAGGGGACAGCGCUGCCUGCCAGCAUAAGGCAGAUGCGGCUGUGCAUUGCUCAGCUGCACCCAGGACAGCAACAUCCCCCCCACAAGCAGAUCCCCCACGGGGCCGUCCGACCACCAGGAGCGAGAGACUCUCAGUGCCUGUCGUCAUCUGCAUCAUCCUGGGGGCCCUCCUCUGCCUGCUCCUGGCCCUCCUGGCUGGGCAGGUGCGAAGCGCCAGGGCUCAGCGCAGAGGCUCUGGGAGAGCUGGGGAGCCCUUCCCUGAGGCCGUGUAUGAGGAGAUCGCUUACAGCCUGGCAUGGGAGAAGCGGACGAGGUUCAGUCUCUCAGAUGUCCCUGUCCUGCCCGGAGGUUACCCAGCAGAUGGUUAUGAUGAUGCUGUGGAGGUUUCUGACCCUGGGGAGGAUCCUGUCCCUGGGCAGGAGGACUGGGAAGUGCGCAGGACACCAGAGGAUGGAGAUGGGCGCAGGGAUGCAGCCACAGGCCCACCUCUCAAGCCUGUCAUGGCCCCGCUAGAUGACACCCCUUCCCUCCAGUACGUCAACCUCACCACACUGCUUGCUGUCAUCAGCAAACUUGCUGAGGGUGCACUUGAUCAACUGCCCAUGUCACCAACAAAGAUGUGA